CCAAUCGCCCACAAACAAAAUUAAUCUUUCAAGAAUUUAUUAGCUCCCUACCCUUCCUUCAGGUCAUCCAAAUGUUCUAACUUUUGACAUAUUUUAAAGAUGAGUUUUGUUUAUAUAGAAACCUCCGCAAAGCAAUAAAAAUAUGGAAACUUGUUUAUACAUUAAUUUUCAGUCAGAGUUCAUUUAUAUACAUUUUCUUGUUUGCUAUACAAAAUAAACAAAAAUAUUAUAUAUUUGAAUCAAGUUUUACAUUUUUAUUUCUCGAUUGAACCCAAAAAUUUAAUAAAUGGUUUAGUCAGCACAGCUCAUUUAUGCAAAUAUGAAAUUGCGAUUUUGACCGCUUUUGGGUUUAAUGACAAAUUGUAUCAUUGUUGACCACACCAAUGACACCAAUAACAAUGGAAACUGAUAAUCUGGGAACCUACACAGAUGCUAGCAAUUUUGUAUUUUUCAGAGUUGCUGCUAUAAAAGCAUGGUCAAUGAUGCAAAUGGUCAACAGUGCUUCUUUGCAUCUCUUGGAAUAUCAUCUUCAUUACACUUUCAACCAAAAAAUAAAAACACGUUAAAAUGUUCAAGCUUAUCUUGGUUGCAACCCUAUUGGGACUAGCUGCUGCUGUUGACGAUGAGAGAGGUGCUGAAAUUCGCAGUCUUACCAACGACCCCUCAGACGCUGAUGGCAACUUUGCCUAUGCUUUUGAUACUACCAAUGGAAUUGCUGUCCAGGAGAGUGGAAACAUUGCUGGAGUAAAUGGAGCUGCCCAAUGGGUGUCACCCGAAGGUGUCCCAGUUCAAUUGACCUACACAGCUGAUGAAAACGGAUACCAUCCAGUUGGUGAUCAUUUGCCAACCCCACCACCAAUCCCAGAAGCUAUCCUUAGGGCUAUUGAAUACAUUAGGACUCAUCCACCAAAGGAGGAAAAUCAAUAUCAACCUCCUCAGUCCCCACUUAGAGGAUAGAUCUACAUAAUUCCCAUUUGAUCUUCUGACUUCAUUCAUUUUUAUUAUUAUUUAUUUUGUCUUUGUGUUUUUUUUACUUUUUUUUUCAAGG